AUGAAGCAAAAUGGAAAUCAUCAUGCAUCGGCGAUUUUACGCACAUUCACACAGGGGAACUUGCGCCAGCGUACGGGAAAUUUCAACAGCUUUCUAGCCAUGUACGGCACGCCUCGAUAUCCUGUGACAUCGCGUAUAACAAGGCUCAUUCUCAUUACUUUCCGAAUGGAGGUAGUAUCAUAUGAUAUGAUACGUAUGCAAGCGCACGGUGCUGGAGGCGCUGCUGUGAGAACACUUACGAGAGAAACCUUGGUUUCGAUAGCAAGUUGCGUACCGUCGGCGUGUGUGAUCAUUUGA